AUGGAGGACAUGGACCCGCCCGACCCGUCUGUCCAAGUGGUACGAAGUUUGCUCGCUUGCGCGGGCUGCUUUGUGCCAAGCAGCGCCUUUGCCACCAGCACCGCUGACUGGCAGUCCGAGCCCCAGCCUGCGGGCCAGGGCUCGACUGGCGCGACUGCGCCACUCGGUCCACGCUCCGGCGCCACUGCGCCGGCCACGGCAGAUCUGCCGCUGCGCCGCGCGCCCGAGGCGCGCGGCGGAUCACGCACCCUCGCAACCCACCUGGUUGCUUGGGAGGCGCGCCGGAACCUCCGGCCGACCGCCGACUCGAUGGCCUCUUUGUGCAAUGCAGCGACGCUUCACUGCUCAAUGGUCUUCCCGCUCCCGGGUCCUGGCAUGUUUGCGGCGAUGAUGAAGUUUUUGAUGGCGCCCGCCGAGGACGAGCAGACUGCGUGCGCGGGCAAGGGCGGAUCGCAUGGCGACGUCUUUAUGUUUGAGCAUGCCAUCCGGAUGCUCAAGGCGCAGGGUCACGACGGCGACCUCGCCAAAAUCUGCAUGGUGGGCGACCGGUUCGACACCGACAUCCGUGGUGGCAACUCGUGCGGGAUCAAGGCGUGCCUCGUCCAGUCGGGCGCCCACCUCGCGAGCCAGCAGGCAAAGUACCCGAGCGACGUCGCCGACUUCACCGCCGCGUCCGUCGGGAGCUUGGUGCCACGCUCGGACGACGGAGCCCAAGCCGACACGGCACAGGCACAGCGUGGCAGCAUGGCCGCGUCGAGCUCCAACUGGCAGUCGGUCAAGGACAAGGUGCCGUUCGGGGCCAGGCGAUCCGAGGGCCCUCGGCAGUCCUCCACUGCAUCGUGA